AUGUUUUUCUCCUUAAACAUGCUUGUGCGUGUAGUUCUAUUGGAUAAGAUACUUGAUGAAGUUCCCAUGCUUGUAGAAUUUAUGCUAAGUAAGGUCAUAGAAGAGUUUGAGAAUCACAUCACUAGUCAAGUUGAACUGGAUUUCCGUGUUGCUUUUUAUCAAGAGUCGGGAUUGAUAUUGAAUCUAAGAGACAUGAUGAUUGGUUUGAUACAUGAAGGUUUUCAGAGCUUCUUUAGACAGCUUAAUAAUGAGUUGCUGAAACAAGAAGAUAUCACAUUCAGGGAAAAAGUUGUCGAAUCAUGUGAUGAUGAUGGAUGCUAUGUUGUAAAUAUGGAUGAAGUUGACUUGAGCAUUGAGAACUAUGAAGAACUCUUUGGUGCAGGCCAUAAUGAUCUUGAACAUGCUUUUGCAAAAGAUGGGAUUGAUUGUUUGUUUGGUGGUGCCGAAUCAAAUUGUCAUGGUUCAUAUGAUGCCAAUGAAUCAUCAACUAGACAUGGGAAUCAAGUGCAACCAGCAUGCAACAAUGCAGCAUUAGCAGAUUCAUUAAUAAGUUGCAAAACAAAACCAAAUCCUUGUUAUGAAAGACAACACUCACAUAUAUCAUUCUCAAGUCUCCCAAGAGAGAGUGAUGCAAGAAGCGGUAAAGUCGGAAGAGAAUACUGA